ACGCUUGAACGAAACCUAGACGCCGCAAUGCCAGCAGAGAAACCCUUCAGUGUUACCGACAUGGAUCCUCAAAGCGCGACUCCAGCUCUUGAUCGCAACCAGAUAGAUCCCGAAGACGGCGUGUGGGUUUGUUGUUGCAAAAACGAAAACAGAAUAACACAUUUCCAAGGUGCGUUUCCAUUCAAACACCUCACUUGUGGCAAGUGCAACAAAGUUCCAUGUCGGUUAUGUCUGGCAACGGAAAUUUUGACGCCCUUUUUAUCGGAUACUGCCGACUGCUCAGAUCAAGAUGACCGCGAACUGCGGUUUUGCCAGAUCUGCCCUGGAUGUGGCCUGUCUCAUCGAACAGAGUCUUGCAACGGUCGGAUCGUGUUCAGCAAAAACGCUUGUCUAUGUGGCCAAAGUCAAGAUGAGAGCUGGCUUCGGUAUCAGCUCGGCUCGGUCGCUGCCUAUCGUGCUGACGCCACGAGAAUUGCUCAAGAAUUGUUACUCAAGCUCUCGAGUGAUGCCAUGUGGCGCCGCUUUGAU